AUGGCCGGAAGCCGAAAUGACUCGGAAUUAGACGAGACUGGAAAUGGGCUAUUAUCUGAUCGCACAAUUUCCUCGGACCAUGGUCACUCCCACUCAGAAGACAGCUCAAAAUGCUCAAAAAACAUCGCCUCAAAAGAAUGCCGUAUUAUUUUCAUGCUUUCCCUAGUUUUAUCUUAUUUCUUUGUCGAAAUUUUCGUCGGUUUUUUAAACAACUCGCUGGCGCUGGUCGCCGACGCCUGCCACAUGCUGUCCGAUGGACUAUGCUUGGUCGUCGCCCUCGUUGCCAUCAAAAUUUCGAAAAAAUCUGUCGACGCAAAGGUUCUUUCGGAAAAGAACACUUUUGGAUGGAGUCGCUCAGAAAUCUUAGGUUCUUUAAUUAACGCAGUGUUUCUCCUCGCUCUCUGUGUCAUCCUCAUCUUGGAAUCGAUAGAAAAGUUUAUCCAGCCUGAGCCGGUGGAGAAUCCGCUGCUAGUCCUCUACGUCGGAUUAGGAGGACUCGUCAUGAAUAUCGUCGGGCUGAUGAUAUUUUGCGGCGACGGAACUGGACAUGGACAUUCUCAUUCUGGAGGCGGACAUGGCCACAGCCACGCCACAGACGACGGCAACCUUCAUGUCGAAAUGGACAUGGCCAAAAGCGCUGCUGCUUUGAAUAUGCGUGGGAUCUUUCUACACGUCGCUGGUGACUUCUUUGGCUCCGUCGUCGUUUGUCUGUCAGCGCUGUUGAUGUACUUCUUCAAUAACUGUAACGAUGAAUCGCUGGAGAACUGUAAUUAUCACGCUGAGGCUGUCGAAAGUGGCGAGUUUUUGUUGUCGACAGGACUGACGGAGGACGCGAUCGAAACGAUGUUCACCUCCAGCAAUAUUUCCUCAUCGUCGACCUAUCUUUCGCUUAUGUUUCCCAAUGGGCCGAAGCACUGGACCCUGUACGUUGAUCCCGCUACUUCAUUUUUGCUAACGAUGCUGAUUCUUUACACGACGCUCAAACUUCUCAGAGUUCCUGUAAUGAUUUUGAUGCAGACAGUUCCGCGAGGAAUCGACAUGGAGAAGAUCAAAGAAGAUGUCUGUUCUACAAUUAGGAGUAAAUAUAACGCCAUCGUAAAAAUUCACGACCUGCACAUUUGGACUCUUGCUGGCGAUCAAAUCGUCGGCACUGUUCAUCUCAAAAUGCUCAACGUCGACCUUCAAAACUUCAACCAAAUCGUCUCUGAAGCUCGGCAAAUAUUCCAUAAAAACGGAAUCCACCAUCUCACAAUUCAGCCAGAAUUAAGUACAAAUGAUACUUCGCUCACGGAAACUUCGUCGAAUGGAGACAGUAAUGUUUUAACCUAUGAAGACAACAAAUCUGAAGAAUGCCUGUUAAUAUGCUGCGACGAAGGGCGAAAUUGCGACGGGAAAAGCUAG